ACGGGUGCCCGUUAAGCUACCACCUUCUGUGUUUGGGUGCCAGGCCCCUCUCCCCCGCAGCCAUGAACCAAGCUUUCUGGAAAGCUUACAAGUCCAAAGUGCUACAGACUCUGGGUGGAGAAUCUGAAGAGGACCUGGCGGAGGAGGGGGAGAACCCAGCAUUAGUGGAGUCUGAGGCGGCAGAACCCCAAGAGGAGGCCUUCAAUCCCGUGUCACAGCUGGCCCGAAGGGUUCAGGGGGUGGGGGUGAAGGGCUGGCUGACCAUGUCAUCUCUGUUUAACAAAGAAGAUGAGGACAAGCUGCUGCCACCGGAGCCCUGCGCUGAUCACCCGCUGGCGGCGCCUCCCCCGUCGCAGGCGGCCGCGGCCGAGACGGAGCCGCGCGGGCCGGGAUUCUGGGACGCGUUCGCCAGCAGAUGGCAGCAGCAACAGCAGGCGGCGGCGUCCAUGCUGCGCGGCGUGGAGACCCCCGCGGAGCGGGACCCCGAGCCCGGGGACAAGCCGGCCGAGGAGGCCACCGAGUGCCCCGAGACCCGGGAGGUGGACCCCGCGGCAGGCUUCAAGUGGGGUUUCCUCACCCACAAACUGGCAGAGAUGAGGGUGAAGACCGCGCCCAAGGGCGACUAGCCGGGGCCCGCCCUUCCCUACCUCCCAUAAAACUCCUGGAUCGACA